AUGGAUAUCACUGAUCCUGAUGAAGAAGCCUCGUUCACGCCUGUUGCAUUGCCGUCGCAACGUCGAGGGACGUAUACGAGGUUUUUGGUGCCCCAUCCAGACGACGAUGGUUUGGUAUACGCAUUAACCAAUGGUGGAAAAGCUGAUAGAAAGGGAAUUCUACGAUACGUCUGUGCCUACUGCCGUGCCGUGAACGACAAAAACCGGAGGAAUAAAGAAGACGUCACACAUUCCCUUCCAUAUAGGGCGUCCGCGAACAGCGUGUCCGCGAACUGGGAAUGUCCGCAAAUAGAGAUGUCCGCGAAUAAGGUAUCACUCGGUUUUUGGCUAUAUUUUUGAUGGAACGGGCAUGUGAGCUUUGCCACAUUUAGAUGGUGGACUUGGGAACAUAUCAUGGCAAAGUAGCGCCAUAA